AUGGUGAAGAAAAGUAAGAGAAAAAUGGAAAAUUUGGGAAAAAAAGAAAAUGAAGGAGAGAGAAAGGAUCGAGGUUUGGGUCUGGUACAACGCGGUGUCGAGUUGAGAUUGGAAGAAGAGAAGUGGGUACGAUGCGUUGUCGAUGAAGGAUUGUUGGAGAGAGACACGUCAUUGAUGUCACCGAUUGUGACAGUACCGUACGAGGUUGUGGGGCCAGGUUCCAUACAUGCGGACGAUAACAUGUAA